CACUCGACCGUUUCCCUGUCUGCAGCCUGUCGUCAUUUCAGCAGGGACUCUUUUUAACCUUGGAUUUACGAGAGAGAAGUCGCAAAGCUGCCGUGGUUUGCCAGCCACGCCCUAAAAUAAUCCCACACCCGCCCUCGGCCACAACCGCUUCACACUCUUUCCCCUGUCAUUUCCCACUUUCUUUUUGCUGGCUGAAGGGAGAGAAAGUGAGAUACUUGUCGCCUAUUGAACGAGGCAGAAGACAACAGUCGGAAGGCUUCAUCAUAGGUGGAUUCUUUUGGAAUCACCAGUCAGAGUGUACUAGCAUCUACUUUUGAAAUUCAAUUCGCUUUUGUCUUUGAAUUUCCAUCUGAUCUGGCUCAAACAGCGCAAGUGCGACCUACUUUUCUUUCGCAAUGGCGGACUCGGAACAGCGACCAAAUACUCAGCCCAAUGGAGAUGCCGGCGUGAGCGACAGCAACCACAAUCAUGACAAUGAAAAGACGCAGAGCAAAGGCGCCAAACAUGAUCUCGAGAAACUCGUCGACAAGCAGAAACUGGAGGAGAAAAUGAAGAUGGUGAAACCCGAGAAGCAGCCGCCGGGCGGAUACGACAGCAUGCCGAUUCCGUCGGCGUCUCGAGGAUACACGGUGAAAUUUACCUUUCAUCGCGCAACAAAUUUGCCAAUGGCAGACAUCAAUUCGCUUUCCUCGGAUCCUUUUGUCUUGGCGCAGCUCAAGACGGACCUGCCCAAGCGUCACAAGGAAGAUCCGCCAUUCAUGUUCCGCACCCCCACUAUCAGGCGCAACACGAACCCCGAAUGGAACGCCGUCUGGAUCGUAAGCAAUGUCCCCGCAUCCGGGUUCCGACUGAAAGCGCGCCUCUACGACGAAGAUCCAGCCGAUCAUGACGAUCGCCUGGGCAAUGCGCAUAUCGACGUGGACCACAUUGACGAGAACUGGCCCGGCAUCCAUGAGCAAUCGUACAAGGUGAAGAAGCGCAUGGGCAGCAAGAGAGCAUACUUUAUUCGAGGCUGCGCAGCCCUGUUCCAGCGUGGCCUUGACAUGAGCGGCGAACUUACCGUGAGCGUGGAAGUCUUGGGCAGGACCGAAGGCGAUGCUCCCGGUGGGCAAUUGUAUACCGCCGGGCCAAUGGCCUGGACGAAGCAUUUCUCACCCCUUCUUGGACGCAUCAGCGGCACAAAAGCUGCUAGUGACGAUAAUCCCGGAACAGAGCGCUACAAUUUCCAAGCAAAUCAGAUUCAACUCGCAGGACCUGUCCCGUCAACGCUCUACCACCGAUACGUCGAGUUCAAACCAUUCAUCGGAUCCAUGUUCACGACCAAAGGCGUACGGGGCUGGAUCCUCAACCGCGCAUUGCACCACCAGCACGCGCGCGUGUACAACUUUGACCGCACCACCGUCUACGGCUCCUUUGACGAGCCGUGUCGGGACAUGACGCUCAAAUUCCUCGAUCUCGUACACUACGACCAAGGCGGACGAAUCUUCACCUACGUGCUCACGCUGGACGGACAGUUGCGCUUCACCGAAACGGGCAAGGAAUUCGGCAUCGACCUGCUCUCGAAACAUACCAUGCACAGCGAUGUGAGCAUCUACAUUGCCUUUAGCGGCGAGUUUUUCAUCCGGCGGCAUACGCGCAAGAACCAUUUCAGCGAUAACGAGGCUUCUGAUCCCACCCACCCUCCCGAGGACAUUGGAGGCGGGCCUCCCAAGGACGAACCCCCCAAGGACCCGGCAUACUAUGAGCUCGUCAUUGACAAUGACUCGGGCACGUACCGCCCCAAUGCCAAACUCUUGCCCGACCUCAAGAGCUUCAUUCAUCGCAACCUCCCAGGCAUCAAAGUCCUCACGCUCGACUGUAAUGGCGACAAGGAGAAAAUGGACCGCCUCAAAACCCAGCAGCGCGAGCGCAAGAAGACGGAAGGCGAUGCCCAUGUCUACGUCCAGGGCAGCGACGCGGGCAGUAUAUCCUCCUCGGACGAGGAAAUGCUUGAUACCAUGGACGGCGAUGACGGUAAUGGCAAUGGUGCUGGUGAUAUCGGCGUCAGCCAGGGCGUCAAGACUGUCUUGCAUGGACCCAAACAGCGUGUCGAAAAGUUUCAACAUCCUGGUAAAGCGCGACGAGAGCGGAUAGAAACCCUGGAUGACCAGGAAACAGAGCGUGCAGAGCAAAGCCAUGCUUCUCAUCCUCAUGCGCCUGCUGCUGCUGCUGCUGCUUCUUCUUCUUCUCACCCUGAUACGCAUCAUGAUACUCAUCAGUCUGAUGCCCCUCCUUCUGCUGCUCUUUCUGAUGGUCCUUUCUUUGAUGCUGUUCCUUCUCAUCCUGAUACCGCUUCUCAUCAUGACUCGGCUGCUGCUGAAAAGCCAAAUACGAAUACUGCAUAAGAGACCAAUCUUGACGUUUCUUUACUUUCCUUUCCUUUUUCGUUCCUGUCUUGCCUUUCCUUUCUUUCCUUCUCCCUCUCCCGUCUUGUUGUUCUUAGGUAUUUUUCUCAUCUCUCCCCCUCUCUGAUUUCAAAUAGCCUUUUGUAAUGUUUUUUGUCCAUCAUUUUCUUUUUCUUUUUUUGUACUUUAUGUCACUUAUACCAUUUAUUUUAUUCCUUUCUUUCCUUUUCUCUCUCUCUCUCUCUUCCCUUCCGAUUUUGGUUUCGGCAUUUCCUUUCCUUUUCCUUUCUCCUUUGUUUUGGUUUUGGAGCACUCCUAUUGCCAUUGUCGUAUCAGGUACUCAUUGUAU